AUGAUAGCUGGGGACUUUAAUGAGAUAAAGACACCUUUGGAGCAAAAAGGAGGUGGAAGAGUAAAUGAAGCAUGGUGUAGAAGAUUUGGUGAUUGGAUACAGCAUCAUAAUCUUAUAGACGUUGAUACGAAGGGCCCUUUUUUCACUUGGAAAGGGCCAAAGUGGGAAGGCUUGGACAGAGUGUUUAAAAGGCUGGACAGAGUACUUUCAAAUGAUCAGUGGCAGUAUAAGUUUGCAGAUGCUGAAGUAAAAAUUGUUCCUAGAAUUUGUUCAGAUCACCAUCCUAUGCUAGUCGACUUGUUUCCUGAAAACCAACCUGCAAGAGGAAGGAUGUUUCGAUUUGAGGCAGCAUGGCAGAUGCAUAAUCAAUUUGAUGAUAUGAUGAGAAAUUGUUGGAGUAGUAGAAUGGAAACUCAUAGAAGCUUGGAAAAUUUAAAAGCUGAUCUGAUUCAGUGGAAUAGAGAUGUUUUUGGGAGGAUUGAGGUGAGAAAGAAAAAUUUGCUAAAUCGCUUGUUUGGUGUGCAGAGAAGUCUGGAUAGGAAUGGAAACCCAUUCCUCAUUAAUCUUGAGAAAGAACUAGAAUGGGAAUUGAUGGAAACUUUGAAGCAAGAAGAGAUGCUAUGGUUUCAAAAAUCGAGGGGGAGGUGGAUUGACCAAGGGGAUAGAAAUACAAGGUAUUACCAUACCAAAACCUUGAUAAGAAGAAGAAAGAAUAAAAUAAAAAUGCUGAAAGACAGUGAAGGAAAGUGGGUAGAGGAGGAGUCACAGAUUGUAAAUCUGUUUCAAGACUUUUAUGCUUCUUUAUUCAGAGAAGAAAUUGUUGACAGGGGCUGGAUUGCAACUAAUCAAGGUUGGGGGAGUGUCAACAGUAGUGUUUUAUCCAGAAUGGGCCGAAGAAUUAGUAGGGAAGAGGUGAAGACUGCUUUUUUCCAAAUGGGGGGACUUAAGGCUCUAGGGGAAGAUGGAUUUCCAGUUGUGUUUUAUCAUCAUAAUUGGCACAUUAUGGGGGACUCAGUGUAUAAGCUACUGGCUGAACUGUGGGAGCAUCCAGAAAGGGUUCAGGAAAUCAAUAACACGCUAUUGGUGUUGAUUCCCAAAGUUGAAAGACCAGAAUUGGUAAGUUAA